AGCCGCCGCAGCCGCCAUGGGCACGGUGCCGCAGCGCCUGCAGCGCUUCCUCGAUGGGCCCGGGCCGCUCGGUGACCUCCUGGGCCGCCUGGAGGCCCGCACCGGCGUCCGGCGGCUCUACCUGGCUACAGGCUCUGCGGCGUUCCUGGGGCUGUACCUCGUGUUUGGCUACGGCGCUUCACUGCUCUGCAACCUCAUUGGCUUCGCCUACCCUGCAUACGUCUCCAUCAAAGCCAUCGAGAGCUCCAGCAAGGAGGAUGACACCACGUGGCUGACGUACUGGGUGGUGUAUGGCGUCUUCAGUGUAGCUGAGUUCUUCUCUGACAUCUUCCUCUACUGGUUCCCCUUCUACUAUGCUGGGAAGUGCCUGUUCUUGCUGUGGUGCAUGGCCCCCGUGCCCUGGAACGGGUCGCAGGUGCUCUACCAGAACAUCAUCCGGCCCUGGUUCCUCAGGCAUCACCGCACCGUGGACAGUGUGCUGGGCAACCUCAGCACCAAAGCCCUGGACGCAGCCUCCAGUGUCACCAGAGAAGUCCUGCAGACUCUGAUCAGCAGCAGAGCCCGGCUGACGGCCGAGGUGGCUCCACAGCUCACUUUGUCUCCUCCGGAGCAGCCCUGACCCUGGCGCGGGAAGCGGAGAAGAGGCAAUGAGAGGCACCACGACCCCGACCGAGCCCCGAGCCCCACGGCUGUUGCCCCCCACCUCAAUAAACCGCCGGGGGUCCCCGGUGCCCCCCGA